AUGGAAAGGGGCUGGCUCCAUGGGAAAGGAUUCCUCCUCUGCUUCAUCCUCCACCUGCUGCUGCAAGGAAGAGGUGACACUUUCACCAUCAAUUGCUCAGGCUUUGACCAGCAUGGGGUGGACCCUGCUGCCUUCCAAGCAGUGUUUGACAGAAAGGCCUUCCGUCCAGUCAUCAACUACAGUGUCCCCACUCACGUCAACAUCUCCUUUACCCUGUCUGCCAUCCUAAAAGUGGAUGCACAUCUUCAACUGAUGACAUCAUUCCUGUGGCUCAGUAUGAUCUGGCACAAUCCAUUCAUCAGGUGGAACCCAGAUGAAUGUGGGGGCAUCAAGAAGCUCAGCAUAGCGACUGAGAACCUGUGGCUUCCAGAUAUGUUCAUCCAGGAGUUCAUGAAUGUGGAUCGGACACCUGCAGGUCUCAUGGCUUAUGUCAACAGUGAAGGUCACACCAAAUAUAAUAAGCCAAUGCGGGUGGACACCAUCUGUAAACUGGACAUCUUCUAUUUCCCCUUUGAUGAACAGAACUGCACGCUCUCCUUUAGCUCGUUUGCCUACACAGUGGAGAACGUGGUCCUGAGCAUGGAGACGGAAGUGCAAGAGCUCUCAAACACAUCGCGGAACCUCAUUCAGAGCAAGGGGGAGUGGGUACUUCUGGGUAUCACCCAGAGAGCAAUAAAGAUGACCGUGUCCUCCAACCAAUACGACCAAAUCAUUUUCUACGUAGCCAUCAGGCGCAGGCCCACGCUCUACAUCAUAAACCUCCUGGUGCCCAGUGGCUUUCUGGUUGCCAUCGACGCCCUCAGCUUCUACCUACCUGCAGAGAGUGGGAAUCGCGCCCCAUUCAAGAUAACCCUCCUGCUGGGCUACAACGUCUUCCUGCUCAUGAUGAAUGACUUGCUCCCUGCCAGCGGCACCCCCCUCAUCAGUGUCUACUUUGCCCUGUGCCUGUCACUGAUGGUGCUCAGCCUGCUGGAGACCGUCUUCAUCACCUACCUGCUGCACCUGGCCACCACCCAGCCCCCACCCAUGCCAAGCUGGCUCCACUCCCUGCUGCUGCACUGCACCUGCCCAAGGAAAUGCUGCCCCACUGCGCCCCACAAGGGAAAUGAGGGCCUGGGUCUCCCCACCACCCAGCUGCCUGGCCUGAAGGAGCCAGUAGAGUUGGUGGAGAAGUCACCAGGCCCUGGAGAGGCAGAGGUGGCUGGGGGCUCAGGAUGGACAAGGGCCCAGCGGGAGCAGGAGGCCCAGAAGCAGCACAGGGUGGAGCUGUGGGUGCAGUUCAGCCACAUGAUGGACACCCUGCUCUUCCGCCUCUACCUGCUCUUCAUGGCCUCCUCCAUCCUCACGGUCAUCGGCCUCUGGAACACCUAG